UUGAAUAUUAACUGAGCAGUUUUUUUUUUUUUAACGUUUGGUUAACCGGUAGUUGAAAAGAAAUAUAUUUUAGUUGGCAAGUUUCGUGUCACUUGAACAAUAUUUAAAUAUUUUUAUAUUGUAUAUUGUGAGUUAUAUUAUGCCCGUUAAACUCCAUUUGCAAUUUGAAUUCGGUUCCUCGUAUGAUGACUUUUCUAUAUAGCUUUAAUUUAGCUCUAAUCCAGCCGUAUCAACUCAGACAUGUAUUUUAAAAAAGUAUCCUAAAAUAGUAAUAGUGUUUGACUUUGAAAAAAAAGAACAUUUUUCAAAUAACCUGAAAGCAAAUUUUGGGGGGGGAAGAUGGCGCCGCUGACUUUGGUGGCUUUGACUGAGGAGUGGAUAAUGAACAAAGUGGGUCUAAAUCACCAACGCCUCGGAGAUGUUCGUUCACUGAGUCUACCUGGAACUUAUAAGCAGAAAAUUGGAUAUCUGGGAAAUGGACUGGCCAACUUUGAGCGUCUAAAAUCUCUCAAUCUUUCACAUAAUUCGUUAGUCUCUCUUGAGGGCCUGCAACACUUGAAACACUUACAGAUCCUAAAUCUGUACUACAACUGCAUACCUUCCCUUGAAGAGGUAAAGGUCCUCUUUGAGUUGUCAUUUUUGAGAGAACUGGAUCUGAGACUCAACCCUCUGGGCAAGAUUUACCCGCACUACCGACCUUUUGUGGUGCUCGCCAUGGCCAGCCUACGCAAAUUAGAUGGCUGUCCGGUCAAAGACGCUGAGCGCAAGGCUGCCAAGAAGCGGUGCUCCCGGUUAAGAAGUCGUGAUGAUAGACAGGCCCUAGUGGAGCGGCUCAGCAUGAAGCUUUCCCUUCUGAGUGACGAAGAUGAUGUCGGGUCGAACCCCGUUGACAUCCGAAGAAGCCACAGUUACUCAAACGAAGAAUUGCAGUCAGCUCCAGACCACCAAUGUCCCAGUCCCAGUCAUUCUGGCUCCAGCCCCUUUUUCAAUCGUUCGUGGCUGACGAAACCUGGGCUGCAAGCAGAAAACAAGCAGCAGGACAGUUACAGGAAGCCGUUAGAGGAGCUGCUCGACGUCAUGGAUAAACACUGGGUGGGAAAAAGAACUCUGCAGCUUAACACCAACUUCCUGACUCAGAUUGUCCAGAUCCUCUCUAUGAUGGAAAACCAUAUCUCCAGUAAGGAUGCUGAGGUCAAGACCUUAAAAGAGGAAGUGGGCGCGUUGUGCUUUUUCGCUGCAGCGCAAGAAAGAGAACACAAAGCCGACGUGACCGAGUUCACCGCUCGUCUGGUGAUGACACGGAUAGAAUUGCAAAAUUCACAGGAAAACUCUUCAUGGGAACGUAAAUUGCUGUGGAGAACCCUGACAGGGCAAAGACAGAAGUCACUUCAGUAUAAUGUAGAAUGUUUAGGGAGAGCUCAACACGCAGCUGAGGGUUGCCUUGGAGAAGAACGCCGCCCUCCAGAAGGAGCUGAUCACGUCAGAACGUCUGUACCGCCAGUGUAUGGCGGACCACCUGCCCGCUUUACAGGAUAUAGGGGCUCAGAGGAGGGUGGAGGAGCUGAGGAAGGAGGUGGCGGAGCUGAGAAGGAAAGUCAAGGAGGCUCAAGAGCGUCAAGGACCAACCUCAGUUCUGACUGGAAGUGCGCAGGAGUGUGAUUGAGGAGAAUCCUGCAGGCCUGAAGGAAAUCGCACGCACCGCUUCAAUGCUAACCAGCCGUGUAGUAUUGAAUUUAUUUCCAAUCACUGCGCUAUUUAUUAUUUCGAAACAAUGUAGACGGCAGUGUUUAUUUGAAGUUAACCCUAAACAAAAAAAUGUAAUUUAUUAAA